CGCUCCGCGACGCUGCCGCCGGGCAUGAGGCUAAAUCCGGGCCGUGCCUGGUUACGAGUGGUAGGGCCUUGAGGGCGGGUAGGGAGCUCGGCCCGCCGCCUUCCUCCUUUCGGGUCAGGAUUGUGCUUGUCCCAGCAGGCCAGUGCCUGAAUUUAAGUAUUCUAAAUUAGAAUCUCACAGUUGCCAAGGGAUAUGAACUUGCAUUGUUGAGCGGUUUUGCCUCCUCAGGGUCCAUAUGAGUCCCAAGUGUUAAGAGCCCUGUUGGUCAGGGCUGUUACCAGCAUUUUUAUGAGAGUGGCGUGGACAUUUAUCAUUUGCAGGUUGCCAGUUUCAACAAGGAGAAGAGGCAGGAUGUCACAGUUGAUAAGAUCGCAUAUACCUCCCAGAACUGAGAGGAUGGCUGUUGACCAGGACUGGAGCAGUGUUUAUCCAACAGCAGCUGCAUUUAAACCUGCAUCUGUGCCUCUCCCAAUUCGAAUGGGCUACCCAGUGAAGGGAGGAGUACCUCCACCAAAAGAAGGCAACUUAGAGCUUAUAAAGAUUCCCAAUUUUUUACAUCUUACUCCUCCUGCAAUUAAGAAACACUGUGCAGCUCUCAGAGAUUUCUGCACUGAAUGGCCAAGUGCUUUGGAUGGUGAUGAGAAAUGCGAACAGCAUUUUCCUGUUGAAAUUGAGACAGUGGAUUAUGUUUCUGCAGGUACAUCUAUUCGUAAUCCCAAAGCAAGAAUAGUGACUUUAAGGGUUAAACUUUCUAACCUGAAUUUGGAUGACCAUGCAAAGAAGAAGCUCAUUAAACUUGUAGGAAAGCGCUACUGCAAGGAUACAGAUGUACUCACAAUUAUAACAGACAGGUGUCCACUAAGAAGACAGAAUUAUGAUUAUGGAAUACAUCUCCUCACAGUUCUGUACCAUGAAUCCUGGAAAACUGAGGCGUGGGAGAGUGAGAAGACUGAGGAAGACAUGGAAGAGUAUAUCUGGGAAAACAGCUCCUCUCAGAAAAAUGCCCUGGAUACUCUUCUUCAAAUAAAAGCCACGGAAAAUGUCAGUAAUGUAACUAAAGAAGAGCUUCUUGCAUCUGAAGUAGUGAGGAAUUACAGAAACUCUGUAAUUGCACUUAAAAAUGAAGGUGAAACUGAAAGUAAUAUGUCUCAAUAUAAGGAAUCUGUGAAAAAACUAUUAAAUAUACAAGCAUUACCAUGACAGAUUCUACAGGUACAUUUAGUUAUUACAGAAAUAGUAAAUUAUAAUAUGUUGAUAUUACUGUAUGAUAUGGAUUCAGAACUUUAACCAAAACUGUGAAACUUGGAAUCUUGUACUUAAAUAAAGUAUGCCUUGAGUCAUA